AAAGCUGAAAGCUAAAAGAUUGUUGAUUCUGAGCCAUUUGCUGAUCGCCACUGAGAGUUCUAUAUGAAUAUGAAGCAAGUAAGUUAAUUCGUUGUUAUAGCUCAGCUUACGGCAGGUGUUGGGGUAGAUGCAGGUACCUGCUGAAGCACGCAUGUGAAGUCUACACAAAUCAAGGUAGAUUGGUCAGAAUUUGACCUAAACUAUAUCUGUAUGACUAAGCAAUAUAGACGGUUUUUCGUAGGCGCUUGAUAUUGUAAUAUACUAGUCUUAACAAGUGCUCGAGACGAGAAAAGUAUAAUUUAAACAUUUAGAUAAGAAAAAAGUUUUAAUAAAAACUAAUAAAGUAUUACACAUGUGUUAAGAAACAAUAUAAAGUUUAAUAUCACAUAUAAUAUAUAAAACCAAAUAUGUGAUUGGCAAAAUUAUACUUCGGAUAUUUUUAUUUUAAUAAGAGAAAUGGAUAAUUAGAUGAACAAAUGCAAAUUUGUUGAAAUGUUAGGUCAAAUAUCAAAUAUUAGGUUAUCUUAUUAUCUACCAUUAUCUUAAGGGUACUUUAGAUAUGGUUUUAUCAUUAAAAAUAUCUCAAAAGGUGUUGACAUUUUGAAGUAAAUGACCUCUUAAAGCAGUUGAUUUUUAUGAAAACCGUUUAAAACAUUUAUGUCUACUGUAAAGUGAUUUGUAUCAGUGUUAAAUGUUGAGCAAUGAGUUCUAAACUUCGCGAGAGGAUUGACUCAGUAUCUCUUGAACCAACCAGUGAAUCUUCUAAAACUUUAUGUGAAGAUAUAGAUGUUGAUGCCGAACAAUAUGUCCGGGCACAUUCUCGCACUUCAUCUAUAUCUUCGCCAUUUCGUAGAGGUAGAUCAGCGAGUCAGAUUUCUACUUCCAGUACUCUUUCUAAAACGAGUUUAGUUUCAAAAGUGUCAUCAAAAUUAACAGAUGUCUUUGGUGGUGACAAGAAAGCACUAAAAGAGGCAAAUAGAACUAUAGCUAAACAACAGUCAAAAAUAAAGGAUUUAGAGCAAAAGAUGAGAACAACUUCGGAUAUAAUGGUAUCUAUAAAACAGAUGGAAGAACUGUACACCACUAAACUAGAUUCUUUAAACGAUCAAGGAAACGUGAUAUGCUAUAUAAGUAAGAGCAACGUUCAGGUUGGACACAAUAAUACACUCAAGACUGUGGAUGUUUCAAGGUUAAAUGACCUGCUGGUGAGCUAUCACGAUAAUGUUCAGAGUCUUAUAAAUGACAACCUAACAACGAAGGGAGACCUACAAAAUACAGAAAAAAGUCUCAGAACAACUAGAGCGAAACUUGAAUCGACAGCAGUAGAACUGCAACAAGCGAAAGACGAUUUAGCGUUCAACUUACGUGAUCUGGAGCAAACAAGAGCCAAACUGGAGGAAACUGGUGAAAAGCUUGAGCACGAAACACUACUUUUACAAGAGGUAAAUGAAGAUCUAAAAGACAUGAAACUGGACGGUAAAGACCAGACUCUAAAACUAGAAUACACAAUUGGUUUGACGCAGUCACAGUUAAUGGUCAACUGUAUUGAAGCUAUCAGAACUCUGAGCAGUCGAGAAGAGAGUUAUUCAUUUUCUGAACUUCCCGAGAAGGGUAAACUUGGUGUGAUGAGAAUUUUGAGAAAAUAUUGUCAAAAAGAUCCCAAACUUACAAGCAUGCACUUUGCUGAAAGUCUAGGCACAGACACAGAUGCAAUAGAGAAUGAAACAGAGGAACUUAAUCAAGAUAUUUGUUCUGAGGUUCUCGUUAAAUGGGUUCAUAUGUCACCAGAAAAUGACGCUGACGCUCUUUGCACAAAGUUUAAAAAACUUAGUCAAUAUGGAUCUGUACGAGGAACGUUUGGGUCUACGGGAUAUGAUUUUAGUGUUAGCAGAUUAUCUGUAUUAGACACAGAUGGACAGACAAGUGAACUUGUUAGCGGUAUAAAAGCUAUCAUUGAGAGUGGGAUUAGUUCGUAUAAAACUGAUAUUAAAAGAGUGGAGGAACAUCUUAGAGCUAUGAGGUCCAGCCAAAGACAUAUGUUAUCUCCCACGUGUGACAUUCCUCUUAGAGGUACUGCAGACAAUGUGUUUCAUGGGUCAACAUGUACACAAUGAAGAAAAGUAUUUUGUGCCAACAAAAUAUCUGUAAAAAUGAAUACACAUGCAAUCUAAAUUAGUGAUCUCUAUUGCUAUAAGAUUAUUGGCAUAUCUGAAAUGAAAAAUGCUUUUAGAACAAAAAUAAUAUA